AUGAAGCGAUUAAGAUCCAGCAGCGAUCUCGAUUCCUACACUGACAACAACGUAGACUCCGAUCCUCCGUUCAACUCCUCCGACCGCCCCGUCUCCCACCGUUGGGGUCGUAGAGGACCCUUAUCCCCUUCUCGAUACGACCGUGACCACCGCGGGGAAGAUCCCGCCGCCGUUAAUAACUUCUCGAGGUCGUUGUCACGGAGACGAUCUAAUCUGGAUUUCGAUGGUGGUGGUAAUCGGAGGAAAGAUCCGGAUGUACGAUUCAGCAGAGAUGGUGAUAGGAUCCUACAUCGAUCUGAGAGCGCGUCGAGGAGGGCUUUUCCGAAGGGGUUUAGGUCCGAGAGAGAGAGGCCUAAUAGGGAAGGUAGUGUUUCUUCUUCUUGGAGGAGGUUUGGUGGUCCUGGGAAUGAUUUUGGGAGAGAAAGGAGAGGAGGUGUUUGGGAUGGUGAGAGGGAGAGGGAGAGGGAGAGGAGUGUUGUUAAGUCUCCUUCUUGGUCGAGAGAUUCGAGUAAUGAGCAGUUGAGAGUUAAGGUUGAUUCGAGGAAUUCACGGUCUAGAUCUAAGUCUUUAGCUUCUCCGACUUGGUCUAAGGACUCUGGGAGUGAGCAGUCUAAGAGUGUUGGGAAGAGGAGUGAGGAGGUGCAUGUGGGUAAUAAGAGUAGUAGCGAGAUGGAGGAGGGAGAGUUGGAGCCUGAGCCAGAGUCUCAACCAGAGACUGUAUCUGAGGAUACUCCUGGUGAUCAGAACAAUGCUAGCAGCUUCCAGGAGAUUAAGAAAAACGAUGACUUUGAUGAUGGUAAGGAAAUGAAAAUGGCUGAGAGUGUGAUGGAUAAGGAAAGUGAUGAGAAAGGGGAUAAUGUAGCUGAACAUGCGUCAGAGAGCAUGCAUACUUCUCAAAACAACGCAGAUUUGGCUAGUGAACAUGAGGUUAGGGAUGAUAGAAACACUGCUGUUGUCAAUGAGGUUAGAGAUGUGGUCGAUGAUAAAGGUGACAAAGAAGAGGAAUAUCAGGAGAACCAUGAAGUGAAGUUGGAAGAAAGUCUUUAUCCUGAACAGUCUCAGGCAGAGGAGCUUAAUCGAGUGAAUGGCAGUGAUGGUGACGCCAACCAAGCAGAAGUUGAAGCCCCGAAAUGCGUUGAGGAAAAUGCUCUAGGGAAUAGACCGCUUGUAUCAGAUAGCGAGGAUAAAGGCAAAAAUUUGGAUGCCCCACUUACUCAUUUACAUGGAAAUGCUGUGUUUUCGGAAAGUAAGCCUGAGGAUCUUACUGACAGGGACAGAGACGAAGAUGACAACUUCGGUGGACCAAGUAGCAGAGGGUUUGAACUGUUUUCUAGGUCUCCGGUCAGAAAGACAAAAAAAAAUGAGCAAUCAGGUAUCAAUAAGCCAAAGGAUGAGAAGUUGUUGGAGCCACUAGAUCUUUCACUUAGCUUACCAGAUGUGUUGUUACCGAUUGGUGGUCAGGAUACUAAUCAGCCUAUGGGUUCACCAGUCCGUUCUGGAAGUGUUCGCUCUAUGACAGACACGUUUCGUACUGAUUCCGAGGGCUUCACCAUGUCUAUGUCCUUUUCAGGUUCACGUUCGUUUAAUCACAACCAAAGCUGUUCGUUGAAUCACAAUAUUGGAGAUAAUGAGCAGUCGGUUCAUAGCCGACCUAUAUUUCAGGGUAUAGAUUGGCAGGCACUGUCUCAUAAUGAUCCAAGGUACAAUGAGAAUACAGUCUAUCAGAAACUGAUGGAAAAUGGAAAUAGUUCAGCUCCUCCUCAGUCAAUGAAAGGAAUUAUAAUUCCGGGUCAAGCUGAUGAAGAGCAUCUUAGAAUAACAGAUGGGAGCUCUAAGGCAGUAGAUAGGCUUGAGAAACAGUUGAGUUUCCAGAGAAGUGUUGAUGUUAGAUCAGCAAGUCCAAGAACAGUCUCUCUUGAAAAUGGCUCUAAGUUCCAUGCUGAGAAGAAAAAAGCCAUGGACUUUUUAGGUGGUAGCAUGUCCGGGAUAAGUGGCAUUAACGCUGGUGGGGAUGAAUCUGUUGAGAUGGUAAUACGAUACAUUCUCUCCGAUUUGAUGCCUGUGAUGACCAAGAGGUUUCAUGAGAUGCCCUCGCGAUACAUAGCUAGCUUGAAGGAAUACAUCCGGCAGAUCAUGCUGAACAAGGAUAAGAAUGUGCGACUUGGUGUUUUUCAAGAUGCUUUGCAGAACAGGACUGAUAUUACACUGGAAUUGCUUACAAAAUCACAUCGUGCUCAGUUGGAGAUCUUGGUCUCUUUGAAAACAGGACGUUCUGAUUUCCUUGAUGUGGAAGAGAGUAUCUCCUCUACACACUUAGCUGAGAUCUACAUGAACAUGAGAUGUAAAAAUCUUUCAUGUAGGGUUUUGGUACCUGUGGAUGAAUGUGAUUGCAAGGUUUGUUCAAGUAAAGAUGGGUUUUGUAGUUCUUGCAUGUGUCUUUUGUGCUCAAACUUUGAUAUGGCAUCCAACACCUGUAGCUGGGUGGGGUGUGAUGUGUGUCUUCACUGGUGUCACACAGAAUGUGGGAUAAGAGAAUCUUACAUCCGGAAUGGGAUCAGUGCUUCUGGUGCUCGAGGAAUGACCGAGAUGCAGUUUCACUGUGUCGCUUGUAACCAUCCUUCGGAGAUGUUUGGCUUUGUCAAAGAAGUGUUUCUGAAUUUUGCCAGGGAAUGGAAAUCUGAGAGGUUUUGCAAGGAACUGGAAUAUGUCAGUAAGAUAUUCUCAUCAAGCAAAGACUUUAGAGGGAAACAGCUUAGACAAGCUGUUGAUGCGAUGCUGGCAAGUUUGACAAGUAAAUUGAUAGACCUUCCUGAAGCAUGCAAUAAGAUAUUGGGUUUCAUUUCAGACUGUGAUUCCUCCACUCCUGUUGAAACUUGUGCGCCGUUGAGAUACGAACAGCCAAAACCGAGGCAAGAGAGGGGAAGCCCUAGUCAGGACACGGCGUGGCUGAGAUCAGUGUGCUCAGAGAAACCGCAACAUCAAGUGAAAAGAUCAGCAAGCGUAGUUGAUGGAUUCCACAUAGAGAGACAAGGUGAAAUAUUUGGAAUGGAGACAGGUUCGAAAAGGGAAUCUCCAGCGGAACCUCGUUUUGAAGAACUAGAGAGCAUAGUGAGAAUGAAGCAAGCAGAGGCAGCUAUGUUCCAAGGGCGAGCGGAUGAUGCAAGGAGAGAAGCAGAGGGGCUGAAACGAAUAGCGAUAGCUAAGAAGGAGAAAAUUGAAGAAGAGUACAAGAGGAGAAUGGGGAAGGUGAGUGUGGAGGAGCUAGAGGAGAGGAAGAGGAGGAAGCUGGAGGAGUUAGUGGCAAUGGAGAGAGGGCAAAGAGAGUUUUACGAGAUGAAGAUGAGAAUGGAGGAAGAGAUGCGAGGGCUUCUCACUAAAAUGGAAGUGACGAAGCAUACUCUGGCCCUGUAAUAUUUAUAGUUGUUUGUAGCAGUAGUAAGGAUGUAUGUACUCUACACUCAAAAGUGGCACAGUUUAAUGUAUAUUCUGUUUUUAAAGGUCACUGUUUCUUAUUGUAGAAAAAGAAUUUACAAACAGGUACGUACUUGUAACCGGAUCUCCUAUGGAACAAGUACU